UUAACGUUAAACUGAUCAACAUGUCCAGCUGCUGCAGUUCACUGUCCGUCCACUAGAGAGAGCGCUGCACUGCGCAACAGCUGCUGCAACAUCUGGCAAAGUUCACCAACAUCUGCACGCACGCGCCUCCCUCCUGUAUUUCCGUGUGAGGAUGAGGCUACUCCUGCAGAGGAGGAGCAGGAGCGCGCAUCUCGCACGGAGCUGAGCAGGAGAAACACACUCGGUCCUGCAGCUCCUGCUUCACUGGAAGUCUUCCCGUCGGUCCGCAGAUCAGGGUCCUCAGCGGGUCCAUGUGUGGAGCCGGAGGAAGGAGCGGCUGAGGAGGAGGAGGAGGAGGAGAAGGAGGAGGAGGAUGAAGGCUCCAACGCUCCGUGCGCUGCUCAGACCCGACACCGUGUAAGAUGCCACCGGGCCCCCGAGCUCGGCACGCGGCUCGGACCCAGAGUAACCCGGGAUAACUUUACACAGCUACACAACUACACAACAAGUACACAACAGUGAGGAGUCCCUGCCUGGGACGAGCCGGAGGGAGAAGCCGGGAUCAGCGCGUCCUGAGCGGCCAGAGGAGCGCACAGAGCCGCGGAGAGAAGAGCGCAGGUCGUCGGCCAUGUUGCUCCCACGGCCCCAGGUCCUGUCGGCGCUCCUCGUCCUGCUGCUGGCUGCCGGGCGCUGCACCGCGGGCGCUCUGCUCAGAGGCUCCAGCACCAGGGCGGAGGGGCGUGUGGAGGGCCGCAGCAUGGUGGAGCUGGUGGGCCGGCCCCCAAGGGCCCGGACGGAGACCAGGACCGAGACCAGGACGGAGACCAGGGCCAAGACCAUGACCGAGACCGAGACCAGGACGGAGGCGACGGUGGCACUCGAUGGGAAAGAGAGAGUGAACAGGUCACAACAUGGAAUAGAGAAUCAUCCUCGAGAUCCACGGCACAAGGAGAAGUUCAUCAAACACCUGACAGGUCCUCUCUACUUCAAUCCAAAGUGCAAGAAACAUUUCAACAGACUGUACCACAACACCAGGGACUGCACCGUACCCCUCUUUUAUAGAAGAUGUGCUCGUCUGCUGACUCAACUGGCCAACAGCCCCCGCUGCACCGAGAGGUAGACACACGCCUCUGGACAGGCCGUGUUGCCGUGGCGACGAGAGGGGUGGAUCAUCGUAGCGUUUCCCAAUGAGCAGCUGAUGUUCCCUGGCCAAUAGAAAGUCUGUGAGCUCAUCACCUGCAGUUUCUUCUUCUCUUCUUCUUUGCUCUGCUUCUCUCGUCCUCAAUCGUUCAUCUCACUCGACGCUCUGAGUCCGACGUGUUUCAGAACGAAACCUGUCAACUCAACGUUUAAUGUGAGAAGAAGAAACAGUUAGAAGUCCUGAGGGGGAGGAGCCUCAGGUUUAAUGUGAUGUUAGCGAUGAUGACUCAUCACGUCCUGAUAGUUCCGUUAUAUUUUUCGUCUGGUCCAUGUCCUACCUGUUAACAUGGAGGACGCCGGGUUUAGACCAUGUACUGCAGUCAGCCACCAGGGGGGGAUGGAGCUUUAAUUUCAACCAUCUUUAUUUACUAAUCAGAGACAUGUAGUGUGCAUGUUGUGGAUCCACAUGUGUGUAGAUAGUAGUCACAUGUGAUUCAUGCUUUAUAAUAACAUAUUAUGACAUAACUGCCAUCUCCUUUUUUUUGUUAAACGGACACAGAUGAGAAGAGGAAGUGAGUGAGCAGGUCAGAGGUCAGAUUUCAGUGUGGACAGAUGUUCACAGCAGGUGUGGAUCAGGUCGAGCUGGUUACAGAUGUGUUUAGAGUGCAGGUGUGAACAGAGUCUGUUGUGUCUCUGUGUUUGGUCUCCUCCUCCUGAGGCUCUGCAGCUGCUCCAGAUCCACUGUGUUCUCCAGAUGUUGAUCAGUGGACAGAGGCUCUUUACAGAUGUUUACAGAUGUUUACAGAUCAGCUCAGUUAAGAGUCAGACGAUGAUUCUCUUCAGCUUCAUUCCAUUCCCUCUUCUCUUUGCUCUGCUCUCUGAUCUCUGAUCUCUUCUCGCUUCUACUCGACUCGACUACACUCUCUCUCCGGUGGACGUCAGCCACACUCACCUCGGCUCUGCUGGUUUCUACCGGACUCUACUGGUCCCAACAGGGAACUGAUCUCAAGCCUCUCCAGCUCGGACUGAGCCAAACAUGGAUCUGUAUUUCUCUGACGUGAACGCUGGUCUGGAGGAGGAUCUACUGGUUUCUAUUGGAGUGUAAACUGGGUUCGGCUGCUGCUCUGACAUCAGGAAACAAAGCUGAAGAAACGUAACGUGGACGAGCGUCUCAGUUUUACUUAAAUAACAUUUGACUUUGGACAAAUGCUCCGACUGGAGCAGAGCUCUGCCUCUGUCGUCCUGUGGAGGAAACACCAGAGAUGCUGAAUGUAUUUCAUGUUGCAUAGCAAUAAUAAUAAUAAUAAUAAUAAUAAUAAUAAUAAAGUUGCAGUGUAUUUAUACAGUUGAAGCUGCCGUCACGUGUGCAGAGCAGAGCCUCCUGCAGAUCUGUGUGCAAUAUGUACAUAUGAAGAGGAAUAAAGUCACACGUGUGAUAUAUAUUUUGA